AUGGCGCACAGGACCAAUUCACUGGCCUUUGCCAAGUCAGACUGCCACACCUGCAAGACGCUUCGCAGAGUCUGUGACCGCCAACGGCCCAUUUGCACCACGUGCCAGACCGCCGGCGAUGCCUGCGAAGGCUUUCAGACACGUCUGAUCUGGGAAGGAAGUGAUUUGCCUUCUAGGCGCGGGGAUGACAGCAGACGAAGACAUGGCAUCGAGUGCCGGCCAGCGCCAGUGCCGCCUGAGGCAAAGACGGCCGCACCGACACCGACACCAACACCAACAGCGAUAACGAUACCGACACCCACGGCAAAACGAGUCGCUCAUGCCAACAGCGGCGUUCAAAGCAGCAAGUCGCCCCCCAAACGGGCCCGAGAGUUCUCGUUUGUCAAUUGGCCUCCCAAGCGACGGAAGCGGCAUUCUAGACGAAGCGGCCAGGAACCUCAGGAAGUGCAAGGAGGCUCUCUGCUACGUCAAGAAGAAGCCUCUGCUACGCGAAAGAAGGUUGUGGCCGAUCCAGGUCCAGUACCGGACAAGCCAUCACCGCCGAUUCCCAAAGUGCAGGAUCCGAAUCCGGAUCCGGAUCUGGAAUCGGUUCCUCUGUCGACGGAAUACACGCCUUUCCCAGGCCCGGCCGCUUUACAGGCGACCGAAGCCGAGCAGACCAUGGUGUUUCGCAGUCCCGGCUUUGACAACUGGAUGUUGCCAGACACGACAGGGGUCGAGGAGCUGCCGCUUUUCCGUGCCAAUGCUUCUCUGCUGGACGGCAUCGCAUACCACGAGACCCAACAGCAGCCGUCGGCGCCAGCGUGGCUCACAGCUCAAGGAGAGGCAGAAGAACAGAUCGAGGGUUUGGUGGUGGGCGCGGCACGAUCGAUAUCAGCGGCGCGCGAAAACGAGAAGAUACAUGCAGAGUGGUCCUUGGGGCCAACCUCACGGAAUUCGAUUCCCAUGACAUUGUCCAUGGCCAUGCUGCGAACGCAGCCCGCGUUUGAUUUCGAGUCCUUUACCAUCCUAGCCUCGAUCCCUCCUCAAGUACGAUAUUCCACCACGGCCGACCAGUUUUCUGUAUUGCUCGAUAGAUAUGACCAGGAGUUCUGUACCUAUCCCGUGACGAACGACUUGGACAUCAACCCCUUCCGCUACCGUAGGGAGACGUCUCGGGGAUCGAAGCAUCUCCUUCACGCAAUCAUCGCGAUCGCAUGCCACCAUCAAAAUUCCUAUUCCAUCAACAGCGACGCCCCUGAAGAGUUCUACCAGCACAAGAACCAGGCAGUGGCGUUGUACAAGGCAGCCAACGAAAACCCGGAGAUCCAAGCCCAGGGUCUGGAAGCUCUGGACACGUUGUUAGCACUUUGGUGUAUUGAUACGGUAGAAUCGGCCUUGAACCCAUGGAGGGCUCACCUCUCGCAUGCAUACUCGCUGCUCGAGCUGGCAGGCGGCAUUGAUGUCUGGUCACUAUCAUUUAGGUCCCAAACACAGGUGACCAUGCUGUGGGACGCCGUGGUGGCUUUGCUGUCGCGUCGUGCAUGCGUGAUGCCAUUCAGCUAUUUCGAAGCCGUUCUUCAGUGGGAAGCGUCGCGGUUCUGGACCUUUUUCGAGCUCAUCGGCUGUCCGCGCGAGCUGUUCGUGCCACUCAUGCAACUGGCCCACCUGGCCAGCCAGUCCAAGAGCAAGGGCCGCGCGCGCAAUGCCACGAAAGAGAUCGUGACCGAGAUUGAAGGCAACCUGCGCAGCUACCAGCCUCCGGGCAACGAGGCUGCCUACGAACUGGGGGACGAAGAGUCUCUGCAGCAGGCCAGGGACCGGUACCACUGCUGCGAAGCAAUACGAUAUUCGUUGCUCAUCUAUGCUCUACGGGUGUUCCGGGUCGACAACACAGAUGCGCCGGAGCCUUCUUUCACUGCGAGGCUGAGAUAUCUGAGCCGCGUCAGUCUCGACCAUGUGUGCUCGAUUCGCCCAUCCUCACCCACCCAGAAGCAGCUGCUGCUACCGAUCUUCCUUGCAGGGGCCGAGACAACCAUCGACCGGCACCGAGACUUCAUUCGAGACUACUGCAGGCAGUGGUUCGAGACCUUUGGCUACCACAUGUUCACCAGCGUCAUCGGCAUUCUGGAAGAGGUCUGGGCAGCGCAAGACGUGGGCGGUCGUACCUCUUGGUGGGGGGAUGUGGUCGAUGCACAACGGCAAGCCAGCAAUGGCGAGCUGGACUUUUGCUUCGGCUAG